AUGUCCACCACACUCCCCCUCGCAGGAAUUCGCGUGGUCGAGCUUGCAGGCCUAGCUCCCGGUCCAUUUGCUGGACUCUUGCUUGCAGAUUACGGGGCGUCCGUGCUGCGUAUCGAUCGGCCAAAUGCCGUGAGCAGCGAUCAGUUAACGCGUCGUAAAUCCUCGAUCACCCUGGACCUACGAAACGCAGCAUCGCACAGCGUCCUCCUUUCGGUGUUGGCCAAAGCCGAUGUCCUCAUUGACCCUUACCGCCCCGGCGUCUUAGAACGCCUGGGUCUUUCCCCAUCGGAGGUCCUCCUAAAGCAUAACCCUCGCUUGAUUGUGGCGCGCAUGACGGGAUUCCGACGAGACGGUAAAUACAAGGAUAUGGCGGGUCACGAUAUCAAUUACAUCGCGGUGUCGGGUGUCCUCUCCAUGCUGGGGCGAGCAGGUGAACCUCCUUAUGCCCCGGGUAAUAUCAUUGGCGACUUCGCGGGCGGAGGUGCAAUGUGUUUCAUGGGGAUAUUGCUGGCUCUGAUGUCGCGCACACGUACAGGACGCGGCCAAGUCGUAGAGGCUAACAUGGUCGAUGGUUCCGCGUACCUAGCAGCGAUGCCGCGGCUGAACCGACAAACGCCGCUGUGGAGCGGGCCUCGAGGACAGAACACCUUAGACGGCGGCAGUCCGUUUUAUGACACGUAUGAGACCAAAGAUAAGGGCAAGUAUUUCGCCGUUGGAGCGUUGGAGCCUCAAUUUUAUGCUGCGCUACUCAAGGGACUCGGGUUCGGUUUGGAGGAACUUCCCUCCCGCGACAAUAGGGAGAAUUGGCCGGCGCUCCGAGCGGCGUUUGCGAAGCGAUUCUCAGAGAAGACGCGAGCGGAGUGGGAGUCUAUUUUUGACGGUACUGAUGCUUGCGCGACACCUGUGUUAGAGCAGGAUGAGCUCGAGCAGGGGGGCUUUGAACAACGGCCUGCCGUUCAUCUCGUUGAUACGCCAGCACUGCCCAUUGCGGCCGACGAUGGAGGCUGGACGGGGGGUGGCCUGACCCCCGGGGAAGGUGGACAAGAGACGUUGGAGGCCUGGCUAGGAUGGAAAGAAGGAUGCGAAUAUGAUGUCAGAUCCGAUGGGGCAUUGAUGAAGACUGGAGAGGAGGGGAAAGCGAAGCUAUGA